AUGGCACAUGACCUGUAAACAGCCGCGAAAGUCAAUUCGACGUCCUGCAGGUCCUAGAUGCUUAUACCAUUCCGCUUCCGCACAUAAUCGAGUUGUUCUAGCAGACGCGCUCAUUCCGUCCCUCAGCUUGCCAUAUUGUUGACGGGCAUAAUGGAUGUCAGUACAGCUCAAGUCGCAUCUCUAAACUCACACUAAUCACCUUUCAGGUCUUCCACACCUACUCCCUCACAACCUCCGCCUACCUAACCCUACAAUCCCUCCCGCUUCUCCUCACACCUGGCCUCAUCAUCUCCCUCCUGGCCUCCGAGCCACGGCGCAUGACGGACCUAGAAGCAUAUCUCUGCCGCACCCUCGCCUUACUCCUCCUCGCCUUCGCAGCUCUGAACCUCCUCCUCUCCGGCAGCGUUCCGGUCGCAAAUAGCUGGGACAGCAUAGGCCACGCCACCCCCGCCGCCCCCGCCAACCCCGCCGAUGCGGAGGACAGGAAGGUCUCCGAUGCGUAUGCCGUCCCGACGGCGGUCGUGACGACGACUUAUCAUGCGGUCACGGCGUUUUACAUCUACAUGCACCUGACCUACCGCCGCUCCGGGUCUUUCGCGUUGUCGAGUGGGAUAGCGUUCAGUGCUGCCUUGUUCUGCUUCGGGAUCUGGGUGCUACUGUUCGGGAGUGAGAAAGGCCGGUUCAGCAAGAAGACAGGCGCGGACAAAAGGACGGGCAAUUUCCCGUUCGAAAACAAGGAGUCUGCGAGGGAGGUCAAGAAGGAGGCGAGGAAGGAGGACAAGGAGAAGAAUAGAAGUAGUCUUGGGAGUGGGUUUGGUAGAAGGAGUGUGGCUAGAGGGAAGGCAUGACUGAGACCCGGAUUCGUUUCCUCUUCAUCCUAAUGCCGAAUGUCGAAUGGUGGUAGUAGUGCGACAAGCUUUACCGCCCACUCAUUCCCAUCAACGCGCCCACCGCAUCCGCU